CUGUUCUGAAAUCUACUCAUUAUCCACGGAAAUCGAGUUUAUUUUGUAUUACUGUGAUGUCUGAAGAGUAGCGGAGAUGUUGAGGGCGGUUGUGCUGGGGAUCCUGUGCUGCGUUCAUGCUGGGUCUGCUGCAGGAACCCACUCCCUGAGGUAUUUCUUCACGGGGGUCUCAGAGGGGACGGAGCUCCCUGAGUUCAGUGCUGUGGGGCUGGUGGACGAUGUGCAGCAUGUGCACUACGACAGUAUCACCAAGAAGAUGAGACCCACACAGGACUGGAUGGAGAGAUCUGAGGGUCCGGAGUACUGGGAGAGAGAGGCUCAAAACCUUAUCGGUGCAGAGCAGGUUUUCAAAGCCAAUAUUGGAGUCGCAAUGCAGCGCUUCAACCAGACUGGAGGAGUUCACACUGCCCAGGUGAUGUACGGCUGUGAGCUGGAUGAUGACGGGACCAAGCGGGGGUUUGAUCAGGAGGGGUACGAUGGGAAGGAUUUCCUCAUCUUCGAUAAGGACACUCUGACCUGGACCGCCCCUGUGCAGCAGGCUGUCAUCACUAAACACAAGUGGGAUGCUAACAGAGCCAGGAAUCAGGGCUUGAAGGCCUAUCUGGAGACAGAGUGUAUCGAGUGGCUGCGGAAGUACGUCCAGUACGGGAGGGAGACUCUGGAGAGGAGAGUUCCUCCUGCAGUGACUCUGCUCCAGAGGAAAGCUCGUGGAUCUGCAGACACGGAGGUCCUGUGUCAUGUGACAGGGUUCUUCCCCCACGUUGUGGAGGUGUCCUGGGUCAGAGACGGGCGGGAUCAGCUGGAGGAGGGGGUGCAGAGUGGGGAGGUGCUGCCCAACCAUGACGGGACCUACCAGCUGAGAAAGAUCCUGACAGUGAGCCCUGAGGAGCAGGGGAAACACAGCUACUCCUGCCAGGUGGACCACGUCAGCCUGGAUCAGAAGAUCGUGAAGGAGUGGGAUCCCAACAUGAGGAGCAGCAGCGAUGGCGGACCCCCUAUUGGGAUCAUUGCUGGAGUCAUAGUGGGUGUACUGGCUCUGGCUGCAGUGAUCAUUGGAGUGGUGAUCUGGAAGAAGAAACAAGGAGGUGCUCAGAAGUCAGACUACAGCAAAGCUCCAAGUAAGGAAGGCUCCGACACUUCCUCUGACACCGCCCCUAAUGUCUGAGGAGAGUGACUCCACUGCAGAGAGAAUCAGCGACUCUGCAGAGAUUUCAUCUUUUACAAUCCUUCAUACGCAAUACUGCUUUAUAGUUUGAUUUGAUUCCACACAUUGCAACUGUACAAACCAGUAGACAAGGAACCUGCCUCAAAAUCAACUGUGUGAAUCAGCAAACAACACAAAUGAUACAAUGAGAGGAACAAGAGCAUGCAUUUCUACAACAUGACAUUAUAAUGGGAUACAGCAAGACGACCCGUUUAACAAGGAGCUGUCGUAUCCAUGCAGGGCUAUUGUAGAAACACUAACACUCACUAGUGUAAUU